GUGGAGUACAUAAACAUGUCAAUGUAACGCUGGUAAUCGCAAUUGGUACAGUAUGUUUUUAUAGGGAAAGCUGUGACAACCUGAACACCACCGCUUCCCAUUCCACUAAUGUUCCCAAAGCGCAGAUUCAUAACGUGACACAGUCUUAUCGAAAAUACACGUCUUAUUGGUGCGAUAGUUGGUCUGGAAGACAAGACAGUCAAACGUGAAAUGACUCGAAAAGAUGUCAUGGCAGAGGCUGACGCACAGGCAACGGACGAGGCGCCCUACGAGGAAUACGAGUGCAAGAUCUGCUACAACUACUUCGACCUGGAGCGCCGGGCGCCCAAGAUGUUGGAGUGUCUCCACACGUUCUGCGAGCAGUGCCUGACCACCCUCCACCUCCGGGAGGACCGGCCCUGGAGGAUCGGCUGCCCCGUCUGCCGGCACCGGACCACCGUCCCCGACCACAGUGUCCACAACCUGCCCAACAACACCAAGGUCACCGAGGCUUUCCCCCUCUACCUGCCAACCUCCGACCCUUUGCCCCAGGACAGCCUCCCCCCCACCCCUCCCAGCGCCUCCGCGCAGCCCCCCCCACCCCCCGAGAUACCCAUCCCCUCCCCGGCUGGAGUCCCCCCCCAGGCUCAGUCCCCGGGACCCCCGGCCCCUUACGAGAGCUGUCAGAACUGCAAGCGGGCCGCCCUGACCGCCGGCUGCGUGUGCGUUGUGUUCUCGUUCCUCUCCAUGGUGGUCCUGCUCUUCACCGGCCUGAUCUUCGUCAACCACUACAGCAACUCGGCGUCGCCCGUGGGCCCCAUCUGCCUGUCGGUGGCCAGCAUCCUGGCCCUGUUCUCGGUGGUCGUCACCUGGGUCAUCUGCUGGCUCAAGUACCGCCCCGAGAGCAGCGGGCAAGUAAAUAACCGGGCAUCUGCCCCCUCUCCAGGCAGGAGAAACACUUAGGGGUACGCACACACACACACCCACAAACACACACACACACACAGAGAUGGGUGAGGGUGGGGGCUGGGGAGGUGGCGAGAGUAUUUGUUGGACUUGGUACUGGAUUGGGGAGGGGGUGGGGGCAGUCAGGGAGACGACAUCAUCAACAA